AUGUUCCGACUCUUUCGACCACUGUUCUUCACGAAGUCCUUCGUGCGACCAUACUCGUCUGAAACAAAUCGCUUCAGCACAGUGGAAGUCCUGGAAUACCUGGAUAACACAAACAAGCUCAGCAUACCCAGAUUCGACAUCAAUAAACCCGCAGUCUUUAGGUCUGCAUUCUCUGAUUUCCCAGCGGCAGAGAAAUGGUUCAGUUCGAGCAACGAUAAUUCUGGUUACCCUCAGGAGCUUAAUCUAGCAUAUCUAGGAAAACAUGGCAACAAGAUUGUGCCUCUAGAAAUAACACGCUCAACCAUCAACAGUGCGCAGAACGAGACGUUCGAUCGCGUCGAAGCACCUUUUUCCCUUCUUCUAACGCACAUUAGCGCGAUGGAGGAUCAGUGUGUACGCCUUUACCUCGCGCAGCAUUCAUUGGAAGACCUCCCAGCCGAACUGAACAAAGACCUGGCCACCCCAUUGGCUUUCCUAACAUGUUUGAAAGCUCGUGGCGACAUUUAUGCUUCAAGUCUUUGGAUGGGUAGACCGCCGACUCGUACUCCGUUACACAGGGAUCCGAAUCCGAAUCUUUUUGUGCAAUUGGCGGGAAAGAAGAAGGUCAGGAUGAUGACACCUGGGGUUGGGAGAGGCGUGUUUGAGAGAGUGCGGCAGCAGAUACGUGGGGCUUCUGGUGAUGCGAACAUGAGGGGCGCAGAGAUGAUGCAGGGGAGGGAGAUGGAGGGUCUUGAGAACGCGGUAUGGGGUGUGAAUGAGAACGGAGUAAAAGGAUGGGAAACGACUCUCACGGCCGGCGAUGCGCUAUACAUUCCUUUGGGAUGGUGGCAUGCUGUUAGGGGUGUUGGAAAGGGUGCAAAUGCGUCUGUUAAUUGGUGGUUCCGCUGA